AUGGAAAACAGAACAGUCUACUUUUUCCUGAACCUCACCAUGUUUGAAAAUGUUGGACAGUACCGUUACGCAGCUUUUGUCUUUUGCCUCCUCCUCUACAGCUUCAUCCUUUCUGCUAAUCUGGUCCUAAUCUUGGUGAUACUGAGGGAGCGAACGCUCCAUCAGCCCAUGUAUAUUUUUAUUGCAUAUCUGUCUAUUAACGCUCUGUACGGUUCUUCUGGCUUCUUCCCCAGAUUCCUCGUGGAUCUUCUCUCUGACACUCAUUUGAUCUCACGUCCAGCUUGUUUCACUCAGAUCUAUGUAAUAUACACGUAUGGUAUCAAUGAACUAACUAUCCUGAGCAUUAUGGCGUAUGACAGGUACAUCGCCGUGUGUCAUCCUUUACACUAUCACACAAAGAUGAACAUGAGAAAAGUCAUGAUCAUGUCAGCUCUUGCUUGGUUGUGUCCGGCCUGCAAUCUCACAGUCACUCUCAGUAUGAUUGUCAGGCUUCCUUUAUGUGGGAACAACAUCCAAAAAGUGUACUGUGCCAGCUGGAAUAUUGUAAAGUUGUCAUGUAUUAGCACUGCUGUCAACGGUCUUGUUGCUAUGCUGGGCGCCAUAGCGAUCGCUUACCUUCCCUUUUCUUUGAUCUUGUACACUUAUCUGAGGAUUGUGAUUUCUUGUUGGAAAGGUUCAGUCGAGGUCAGAGCCAAAGUCUUACAGAGUUGUUUACCACAUGUUAUUUCAUUUGUAAUUUACUCCAUUACAUCGUUUAGUGACGCGGCCCUAAGCCGGCAAAAUAUCAACGAGAUGAAUAAAUUUGUUGUUAUCAUAUUAUCUAUAGAAUAUAUUGUUAUUCCUCCUAUUCUGAACCCUCUUGUGUAUGGGCUCAAGUUACCAGAAAUAAGAAGACAGAUUUUUAGGAUGCUCUUCUCCAAAACCAAAAUGGAACAUAAUUAA